AUGAAAAGUACAACUCAAUCGGCCCAGUACAACAACGUCACGAUGGGGACCAGGACAGUGUCGUCCUCCGUGCCGGACAUCGAUUGUGAGGUGAAAGUGAAGAAGAAAGGUUUGCGAAAGUUUAGUGCCGCUCCUUGGCUGAAGAGCCGUCAACUGAUGGGCGUUAAAUCGCAGAAAGUGGAUAAAAGUGUUCCGGUGCCGUGUUGUGGUGUAAGUGUGGCCGGGGAAAGUGAUGCACCGUUGCAUGAGCGUCAGUUCGAGGAUAAAUCGGUGCAGUGUGAUGAUUUGCUGCCAAUGGACGGUGAGCAUCAUCGGUACGGGAUGCAUCGCAACAGCUCUGACCGAUGUGCCAGCUGUUGUCAUCCUAUGAAUCCUAUCUACCAAACUAACGUAAUCGUUAACCAAAUACCGUACAUGGACGACGAGCCGGACGACGUGUCGCUGUCGACAUUUCGCCGCAAUCAUCAUCCCAUACGCCAUCGUCGUAAUUCACGCGUUGAAAGUACGCCACAUCCACCACAAUCUCUGUUUAGGAAGAAUAACCUCUUCACGGCAGCAUCUCUACACAAUGCAGUACAGCCAAAUACCUCAUACCGUCACAGCUCGGCCAUAUUGCGCGAUGACGAUCAACAAGACUGUAAUGGGUCACUGUCCCAGUCAGAAGUUUCGAUACCGAACUCAAUAGACUAUGAUGAUCUGGAGACUGUGGCUCCGUCCAAACCAAGAGUUCCUUUGCGGCGAAGGACUGGUGCGUAUGGGAAUGUGACACUAAACGUACAAAUAGCGAACGGCAUCAAUACGGCCAUCUUGGAGGCGGACGAAAAGGAAAACCCUACAGUCGUUCCCAGACGACGGUAUGGUGUUGCACCUGAAAGAACCGCGAUUCGUGAAUCCUGCCGAGAACAGUCACAGUCUUCUUGCCUUGUGCUUGGCAUCAACAGUGACUCCCGCAACCCACUCAACUACAAAAUGUACACACCGUUCUACAACAAACGGCAAACGAUGCCACCGGAACACUUCAAGAACUGGCCAUCCGAGUCGCGGUUCGGUGACGAGAACGAUCGCAGCUAUAGGACGCUCAGCUACUACUCCGACGUAGCGAAUCAGCUGGAGCAAUACGAACGGCGCAGUUUCGAUGCCGGAAGCUCCUGCAUGCUCAACGCGAUCGACUCCAACUCCAUCAUGUACCGUAGCAGUAUGGACAACUUGCCAUCGACUGCGGACCACACGCCGCAAGAGCACCGCAAGCAGUCGCGAGUGGAAAAUGGACCGAGCGUCGGGAAAACCCCACCGACGGUGGUACCCUCCAACCGAAACCGUUUCGGUACCGAUUUGCGCGCUAAAAAUAAGCCAAGCGAUCAAAUUCCGCCGGCACAGCCGCAGUCGAAUUUAUUAGCCCCUCCGACAAGCACUUUUGGGCGUUGGAGCGGAAGCAUACAGAAUCUGUUCAGCAUUGGCAAUCGAACAUCGAGUGGUACCGGUCGGUGGAGUAAAAGUGAAAACUGCCUCAACGAGGUCGGUCAACGGUCAGGGAGACGAACCGCGGGAGCCUCCAAGCCGAACGAACAUCGGGUCUGGUCGGAUAGGCUUUUCGGAAGAUCGACAGCUGCAGGACGUGCUGGAAAAAACGGACGUGCCCGUAGGAUCAAUACCUUCCAGACUAGUGGUGGUGGUAGCUUCUUCACGUACAAGUACGACGACGAGGAGGAAAGCGCCUGGCAGAAGUACUUCAAUCUGGGCAUGUUGCGGAAAAUACGUCCCAAGCAGGGAAAGCCCUCUAGAGGCAAAGAUGGCAGUAUUCAAGACCUUGACGGUAGUUUCUUCGAGAAGUUUGGCUCUAUCCUGCGCCAAAAGUCCAUCCAAAACGAUGAAAGUGUUCGCGCCCGUCUGCAACCCUUCCCGGACGAAAACGAGCCGGAAGCGGAAUUACACGAUCCAACCACUCUGCCACCGGUAGCGGAAGCCGAAGAUAGUGGAACCGAAACGCUGCUAGAUGAAAGUGACUCCGAAGACCAGCAGCAAGAGAAGCAGGCCGAGUUCAUAGAAGAUGUGUUCGGUUGGAAUAUCGAGGAACUGUACGAGGAGAUUCUGUUCGAAAACAUCCACAACAUCGGGUGCGACGAUGAGGAGCUCAACGUGGACGUUCUGUUCCCUUACAUACAGGAGGCAUUUAAAAUGUCGGACGAAAAGCACAACGAAAUAAUGCAGAUCGCACGCAACAAGGAAGCGCCCGAAAUACGGCUGAACGUGGAGAUUGUGGAGGCGAAGGAUCUGGAACCGAAGGAUUCGAACGGUCUGUCGGAUCCGUUCGUGACGAUGUACAUUGCGUCCAAUCCGAACCAUCGGUACAACACCUCCGUAAAGGCGGGCACGCUGAAUCCCGUGUGGGAAGAACAUUUUUCGCUGCCAAUUGCUGAGGAUGCAAACGAUGCCAACCUCAUCGUGGAAGUUUGGGACUUUGAUCCAGCAGAAACAGUGAAGGAGAAAAUGAACAAACUCUUCGAGGUUAAAGGUGUCCGGGGUCUACGAAAGCUGAUGAAAGAAAUCGCUCAGACAGCAUCCACCGGAAAGCACGACAACGAACUAAUUGGGCGUACCAGCAUUCCGUUGAAGUCAAUACCCGCCUCGGGAAUGCUGCUGUGGUACAAUCUGGACAAGAAGAACAAGCUGCGCCGUCAGGGCACCAUCCGUAUAAGACUGAACUUUAGCUCGGAGAAAAACAGCCAAGUGGCGGCCCAGGAGCAUCGCCAUCUAUUGCGCAUUCUGCUGCUUCACGAGCUGGAAUCGUCGAAAGUCGCUCCGUACUGGUGGUCGGGCAAGUUUACCAUUCAGGGCGAAGCAGUACUAACGCAACAUUCGGCCCAAAGUGGUCUUUCCUCCACGACGGAAGCUUUCAUACAAUGGUCCGUCUUUGCUGCGAUUCACCAGGAUCAUCCACUAUCGUUUGUUCUGUUCGAUACACUGCUCGAAAAGUUGAUCCGUCCAAUACAAACGUUGUCCGUGUCGGAGGAAGAAUUGAAGACCUUCUGGGAGGCAACGAAGAAGCUGCUACCGUCCUGCUUCUCUGCCAUCCGGAAGUUGCGCAAGAAGAGUACGGGCGACAAGCUGGUACUUAAGACGCUGAACGGCGUACUAAACAUUAUCGCGAAGGUUGCUCUGCUAGAACCUCCGGAGGGUACGGAUCUGUUCCCGGUGCAGAUGUACGGAUGGAUUCGCCGUUCGAACGAUAGUGAACCGAAUUGGGAUAUUCGGGAAGCUCUUGCUAGUGCUGUUGUGUCGGGUGCGGAGGAUUGGUUUAGUGGAAUUAAGGAGGGACACUUCCUGGAGACCGGUACGGAUGAGGAUCGUUUGCAGAAUUUGAUCAAAAUCAUUCAGCUGGUUCGGUCGGACAUUCAAAAGUCCAUCGAGUACUACGAUAAAACAUUUCAAGAAAUUAUGCAUUUUCCCUACACAAAGGAGCUUUACAUUACGUACGAAUUGAAGCUGGCGGAACUCAUCAAACCGACGGUGGAAGAUAUCUGUCGGAAGCUGAAAAGGAUCGAUCUUCCGGAGACGGCUUCCCAUCGUGGGGGUGAUAGUGGAUUUAUUGAGUACGAGGAUAUCAACAUGGGUACGACGCUAUUCGAGCUUUAUCUGGUGCUGAAACGCUUCUGUACGCUGGGGACCGCGCUUAGUCCGGGCGAAAGUAACUUUGCGAUCGACGAGUACCAUCGUUGGUUUACGACCGGUGUUACGCACUGGUUAGAUAUUGCGGUGUAUAAGGCUUUAACGCGCAUUCAUAAAGCGAUCGAGCUAGAUAAAUUGCAACCAGUGGAUGAGACGGUGAAGUAUUCAUCCUCGGCUGUCGAUACGUUGGCCAUCUUUUAUCAGAUCAAAAUCUUCUGGCAACAGCUAGCGUGGCCGGAUGUGGAGGGAGCGUAUAUUUUUGUAGCGAAAAUUGUUGAUGACAUCUGCCGAUGCUGUGUAUUUUACGCCGAUCGUAUGUCGGCACGCGUAGAAAGCCUUGGAGUUGUGGAGAAUGUGUACGAGAAAAAGUUUGAGGUCACAUCCGAAUGGUGUCUCGCGAUCAACAAUAUCGACUACAUCCGGCAGAGUUUGAAGCCGUUCGCAACGGAGCUCGGGGUGGAUGAUAUUCUAGCCAAGCUGGGUGAUGUCCAGAGCAGUAUCGAAGCAGAUCGCUGCAAGGAAACGCUGCGGGCCGUACUGGACAAUGCGAUCGAUACGGAAAAGAACAAGAUUCUGGAUUUGGUGGAGAAGUUGGCACGCAAAAUGGCACCGGCGAUGCGUCGAUUCCUGGUCGAGGGUGCGGAACUUUUGCAGCAAGACUCCAACUCGCUCGAUCGUUUGAUGAUGUACAUGGAGGAAUCGCUGAGCGUGCUGAACGCGGAGCUGAAUGAGAUCAACUUUGAGCGUGUGCUUGACGCCAUUUGGGCCGAAUUGACAGCGAUCUUGUAUGACCUCAUCCAGAGUAAUUUGGACAAACGACGUCCGCCUUCGUUCUUUGCAAAUCUUCGCGAUACGCUACACCUGAUGGUGGCCAACUUCAAGACAGCGGAAAACCGCGAAUCAGAAACGGCCGCUGAUAAGGAGACGCUUGCCCACAUCGAGCGCUUGCUGCAGCUGCACGGGUACGAAACGACCGAUCUCAUCCAUCAGUAUUACUUAGAUAGGCUAGAGGAGCAGAACCAGAGCGAUCCAUCGACGACCGGCUACGGCAUGCUGACGGUCCAGUGUUUUUUCAAGGAGAACGUGCUCGAGCUGGAAGUUGUGAAUGCACGCAAUCUGAAGCCAAUGGACGGGAACGGUUCGUGUGAUCCUUUCGUACGCGUUCAUUUUCUGCCCGAGGAACGGUUCGUCGGGGUUGCGAAGCCGAAAACUCAAUGCCAGAGCAAAACACUGUUCCCGCUGUUUGAUGAGAAGUUUGUGAUAACCUUUACCCCCGAGCAGCGUUCCAUCCAGAACGCACUGAUCAUGUUCAGCAUCAAGGAUAAGGAUCUGUUCGGUAUGUCCAAUCAAUAUCUAGCCGAGUGCUAUCUCAGCUUUAACGAUAUUGCCGACAUUUCGGGCGAUGCAGGCAAAAUUGAACAGAAGCAUCUCAUCCUUACGCGACCACAGAAAAUGGAUAUUGAUUGUCUACGUGCGCUUGAAUACCGGCAGGGUGACAAACAGGCCAAAGACUUUAUAAAGAAGCUGAAGCAAAAAAUGGGUCAAUAAAUAACAUGUGCA